AUGGAGCAAGGGCUCGAAUCGGCCAGCUGUGUUGCUGCAGAGGCACAAGUAGCCUUUCUUCAGGGGGAGAGGAAGGGCCAAGAGAACUUGAAGACGGAUCUUGUGCGGAGGAUAAAGAUGCUGGAAUACGCUUUGAAGCAGGAGAGGUCAAAGUAUCACAAGCUGAAAUUUGGCACUGAACUGAACCAGGGGGAAAAGAAACCAGAUGCCUCGGAACCAGUCUCUAAUGGGCCAACAGAACCCAUCUCCUUGGAAAGCACGCAUUUUAUGUGGAAAGAAGGGCGCCAGCUCCUCCGCCAGUACCUGGAAGAGGUGGGCUACACGGACACCAUCCUCGACAUGCGUUCCAAGCGCGUCCGGGCUCUGCUGGGCCGCUGCUCCAUGGAGUUGAACGGGGCCACCGAACCCAGCGGCUUGGGAGCCGGGCCUGCCUCUGGACCUCCUGGACUGAAUGGGGGGGAAUCGCUCCUCGUCAAGCAGAUAGAAGAGCAGAUCAAAAGGAAUGCUGGGAAGGAAGCCAAGGAUCGGAUAAGCAGCGCAGUGAUGGAGAAGCUCCCCUUCUUACAGGGUUGUGAAGAAGACGACAGCGACGAAGAGGAGGAUUUGGAAAACCUGCCCCUGGAGACGCAGCGGCAACACAAGAAGCAGCGUGUAAAGCUCGUCAACAAGCCCCUGAUGCCCGAAGUUGAGGACGACGAUGACGACGAGGAUUCUGAAGAUGCACUGAGUGAGUUUGACUUCUUGGGCUCCGGAGAGAACGGCGAAGGAUCCGGGGACACGCGGCGUGCCGGAGACGGCAAUGAGCUUGAAACCCGCCGAGUGAAGUUGCAAGGUAUGCUUGCCGAUCUCCGAGACGUCGAUGGGCUUCCACCGAAGCCAUCCAUGCCCUCGGCCAUCCCCAGCCAGCCCAGAUCUCACGAAGGGGCCCUGGGGUUUUCCUCAGAUGUGUUUAUAAUGGACACCAUUGGUGGAGGAGAAGUCAGUUUGGGGGACCUUGCUGAUCUGACAGUCACGAACGACAAUGAGCUAAGCUGUGAUCUCUCAGACAGCAAAGAUGCCUUCAAGAAAACAUGGAACCCCAAGUUUACCCUUCGGAGUCACUACGACGGCAUCCGCGCUCUGGUAUUCCACCACGUCGAGUCUGCGCUGGUCACGGCCUCGGAGGACGGCACCCUGAAGCUGUGGAACCUGCAGAAGACGGUGGCUGCCAAGAAGAAUGCAGCCUUGGAUGUGGAGCCGGUCUACGCAUUCAGGGCUACACAGGCUGUGGGCCCGGUGCUUUCUGUUGCCAUGGGCUGCAACAGUGAAUCCUGCUACAGUGGAGGGCUGGACACAAGGAUACGCUGCUGGAGGAUCCCAGAUCUCAGCAUGGACCCUUAUGACGGUUACGACCCCGGCGUGCUCAGCCGUGUCCUGGAGGGUCACUCCGACGCUGUCUGGGGCUUGGCGUUCAGUCCCUUGAAGAACCGCCUGGCCUCCUGCUCUGCGGAUGGCACUGUGAGGAUAUGGGACCCCAACAGCAGCAGCAGCGACUCUCCCUGCCUCAGCACAUACAACGUGGAGAGCGAACACGGAAUCCCGACCUCCAUCACGUUCUCCAGUGUCAACCCUGUGCACAUGGUGGCGGCCUUCCAGACAGGCUACGCCGUGCUUUAUGAUGUGGAGGCCUCCUGCCCUGUCCUGACACUAGAAUCUCGACCAGCCAGUGGAGCCAGUCAGAUCAACCAAGUAGUAAGCCACCCAACCCAGCCGGUUACAAUCACAGCCCACGACGACCGAGGGAUCCGUUUCCUUGACAAUCGGACAGGGAAAGCUGUGCAUUCCAUGGUGGCUCACCUGGACGCCGUCACCUGUCUUGCUGCAGAUCCUAACGGUGUCUUCCUUAUGUCAGGAAGUNNNGACUGCUCCCUCCGGCUGUGGAACCUCGACAACAAGACGUGUACCCAGGAAAUCACGGCACACCGGAAGAAGCACGACGAGGCCAUCCACGACGUGGCCUUCCACCCCAGCAAGGCCCUGAUUGCAAGCGCCGGUGCCGACGCCCUGGCCAAGGUCUUCGUAUAAGAAGAGGGCGAGGCCCUUCGGUGUGUCCCCAGGAUUCCUCUGUUCUGUGGUUGUUUUCCCCCCUUGAUCUGGCCCAGCCAGUGGUGCUAACGACGACGCCUCUCUUUCUUCGCCACCACCGGCACCUCUCCCCUCCCUGUCUCUCAGAAGCCAAGCUCAGGACUGACCCCUGCUGGACAUCGGUGGCCGGGUGGACGCGCAAAAAAACCCGGGAGGGCCGAGGCAGCUGCUUCCCUGACCUUGUGGUUCACCUUCACCAGCACUGAAAUAUUUUCCACUCA